UCUCAUUCGCCCAAUAAUAAUAAUUAUUAUUUGUUAAAAAAAAAAAUCAAAAUUAGAAAGAAAAUAAAAACAAAAUAUAAAAAUCUCAUUGUUUUUAGAGAGAGAAAAAAAAGUAAAAGAAGUUUGGGGAAAUGGGUAAGGUAACAACAACAAUAGCGAAAUCAAAGACAACAACAAAAAGAGAAACAGCAACAGCAACAGUAUCCUCCUCCUCCUCCAUAGCCAUGGAAAUGAAGAAGAGAAAGAAGAAGAAAGGGAGACCUUCUUUAGCAGAUCUCAGCAAAAGGCAAAACAGCAACAAUAGUAUUACAAAUAGCAACAACAACAAGAACAAGAAAACUUCAAUUGUUCGACGUUCUUCUCGCCGUAACCCUAAUUUCGAGUCGAAUUCACCGGCGCCGGAGUUUGAUGAAGACGAGGAUGAUGAUGAAGAUGAAAGGGAAGAGAAGAAAGUCAAGCUGGUGGUUCGUUUGCCUCAACAUUCUGGUGCUGUGCCGGAGGAGGAAGAAGAGGAGGGUAAUUCGGUAAAUUCAGAUUCUGAUUUGGAACCUGAAUUUGUCGAUAAUAACGAAGGGGCAAUUGAGAAGAGGAAGAUCAGCUCCGUUGAUCGUAGAUCUGACGACGCCGUUUCCGAUCAGGAAGAAAAGCUUAUGAUGGUGACAGACACUCAACAUGAAUCCCCAUUGGUGUCUGGACCCACAACACCUUUGCCAGACAAAAAAAUGUUGGUGUUCAUUCUCGACAGACUUCAAAAGAAGGACACUUAUGGUGUAUUCUCUGAGCCCGUUGAUCCGAAUGAGCUACCUGAUUAUCAUGAGAUUAUUGAGCAUCCGAUGGAUUUUGGAACCGUAAGGAAGAAACUUGAUGGAGGGCUCUACUCAAACCUGGAAGAAUUGGAGGCUGAUGUUAUCUUGAUAUGUUCAAAUGCAAUGGAGUAUAACGCCACAGAUACAGUUUACUAUCGUCAGGCACGAUCCAUUCAAGAUCUUGCGAAAAGAGAUUUUGAAAACUUGAGGCAUGAAGGAGAGGAUGGUGCGCCACAACCUAAGGUAGUUCGUAGAGGCCGUCCUCCAAGCAAAAACCUCAAAAAGUCCGUUGAAAAUUCACCAAUUGAUCGUGCUGUCCCUGAGCAUUCUCCAGGUGUUACUCUUGCUAGUGGGGGUGACAAAGCUACUGGAUCUAAUUCUUAUAAUCUAAGAAAGGGGCCUAUGCUUUCUACGGCUGAUGCAUCUUUUGGCCAUCGCUCGCGUAAUGGUGAAAGUUAUUCUGAAUGGGUAACUGAUUGGAAUAAUGAGUUUCCAGCUAAUAUCUUGAGGGCUGACAUGAAGUAUGGUAAGAAACAUUUUUCGAUUGAUGAGAACAGGCGGGACACGUACCAACAAUUCCAUCCUUCAGCUUCUUAUAGUGAGCCAUCUCUCCUGUGGAAUGCUGAUGGAGAUAUGAAGCGGUUAAUGGCUGUAGGUGUUCACUCGGAGCAGCAUGCUUAUGCGCGAAGCCUUGCCAGAUUUGCUGCAAAUCUUGGGCCUGCUGUUUGGAAACUGGCUUCUAAGAAGUUAGAAAAUAUUUUGCCUGCUGGAGUAAAGUUUGGUCCUGGAUGGGUGGGAGAAGUUGGAGGGCCAACAGAGUCGGCUUGUCCAGCCGAGAUCCAGAAGUCGUCAUUAGAUAGCUCGACUGCUGAUCCCCAUUCUAGCAGACCUGUAACACCAACACCUUCUGGAUUAAGUUCUGCUGUUAUGUCCAAGCCUUCCGCUGAAAUCUUUGAAGCUGUCAAGAGAUUGAAUAGUCAAAAUGAGCUAAGCAGACAGGGUCCUGGUGAUGGGGUUUUUUCUUGGGUAAAUCCUGCAUCUACCUCCCAGGCACCACAGAAACCUUUCCUUCAGCCAAGAAACGGUUUCAAUGGCAUGUUUGGACAUGAGUCGUCACCCCAGGCGGAGUUGUCAAGAUUUUCUGCAUCUAAAGGACAGUCAGGCCUACAAGAGGCAUCUAGGCCUAAUCAAGUACUUGGGAUGCUUCCUGGUAGAGAUAAUAAGUUGUCAGAAAGCUGGGCGACAUUGUAUUCUGGAAAUUCACUAGCACAAGGUAAAAAUCCUGACUUUUGUACAGAACAGAAUGUGAGGCCUUCCGGUGAAUCACGGCCUGCAUCUUCGGUUCAGCAGAAGAGCAGAAUGUCGGUUCCACCUGACCUGAAUGUACAAGUCCAGCCACCGGGCUCCCCUAGUGCUAGUUUACAGAUUGGAUCCUCGCAGCAGCCAGAUUUAGCGUUACAACUCUAAUUUUUACUGAGCCCUGUAGUUCUCGAACGAGAUACAACACAGGUUUCUAUGAUUGACAGUGACCUAAAAUUUUAGGGCUUCAUUGUAUUAGGAACUUCAGGAGAAAAGUUUGUACAGAUUAUGUUUUCAAUUUUUUAGAGUAAAGCUAGGGAAUUUCUUAUGUAAGCCUUGAAAUUUUGAACCCAUGAUCCAAAAUAGAACAAGUGAUCAUUGACUUGUUAUCCAGCUGCAGAGUAUAUUCUGCAUUUUGUGACAACAAUAAAUUCCUUUUCCAUCA